UGCUGGAGCCAAGACUGACAUCUGACUUUAGAAAGUUAUGUGGCUGCCAGAGGAGCACUGAGGCCUGUAAAGUAAAAGCCUCUCCAUGGGUGGCAUGAAAAGAACAGAGGUAAUAAAAAAAGAACAUCUGGUUGAAUAGUGUGUCCAGAAACCAGCCUGGGCUUGAUUAACUGUACACUGUCCUAUAUUUAAGCCACUUUAUAUUUAGAUUGUGAGCUCCCCGUGGCCUGGAGGCUGACACUUUUUAAUGCGUUCUGGGCCCUCUCCUGCAUUCUCUUUGAAAAUCACAGGAAGGGCAACACAAGGAUGGAGGAGGGAGGGAGGGACUGCCUCUCCACCUCACAAUCUCUCCAUCUCACGUUACCGCGCUGUAGUCAAGUGGCGAAGUCAGCACGGAGCCGACUGCGCCACAUGAGCCUGCCUCCUCAUCCAAAUGUGAUAAAACUCCGCUCAGAGGCCCAUCAGCAUUUCACAUUUCACUGAAUUUCCCCUUUUACGCGCGGGUGGGUCGGUGCGCAGAGCCCGGGCGGCGCGGUGCAGCCUUGUGCCCGGUCUGGCGGUGCUGUGAGUGACGGCGGCAGCUGCGGAGCUGGAAGAGGAGCGUUCUCAGGGGACUUCGCGGCUUUGAAGCGCCUGAUCUGGAGGCAACGUGAGGAGCGCGCAUACCUCCAGAAAACGGUGACAACAAGACUCUCCCCGCCUGCGCCCGACAGCUGCCGAGGAGCUGACACCGGCCCGGCCCGGUUGGUAAGAAGAGGGAGAGAGGGGAAGAAAUCACCUUAAAGGAGCGCAGGCGCUACCAGCAAAGCCCAAAGGCUGUGGGUAGUAGUAUGGGAGCGCUAUGUUGUCCAGAAAGGGACUCAUUCCUGAGGAUUACUUGCUGACACGUUUGGCUGAGGAUGUCCUGCAGCCAAAGUUCAAGGCGAAAUCGGGAAAGGCUCGGUUCGUCGCCAAGAACGGCACCUGCAAUGUGGCGCAUACCAACAUCCGAGAACAGGGCCGGUUCUUGCAGGACGUGUUCACCACACUAGUGGAUUUAAAAUGGCUCCACACGCUCAUCAUCUUCACCAUGUCCUUCCUGUGCAGCUGGCUCCUCUUCGGGAUGAUCUGGUGGCUCGUUGCCUUUGCGCACGGCGACCUGGACCAGAGAGGAGAGGGCUUCGUCCCGUGCGUAACGGAAAUCCGCUCCUUCUCCUCCGCGUUCCUCUUCUCCAUAGAGGUCCAGGUGACCAUCGGCUUCGGAGGCAGGAUGGUCACAGAGGAAUGCGUCUCCGCCAUCAUCAUCCUGAUCGUGCAGAACAUCGUCGGGCUGGUCAUCAACGCCAUCAUGCUGGGCUGCAUCUUCAUGAAAACUGCGCAGGCCAACCGGCGCGCAGAGACGCUCAUUUUCAGCAAGUACGCCGUCAUCUCCGUCCGAAACAACAAGCUGUGCUUCAUGAUCCGCAUCGGGGACCUGCGGAAAAGCAUGAUCAUCAGCGCCACCGUGCGGAUGCAGGUGGUCAGGAGAACCACCACGGAGGAGGGCGAAGUGGUGCCGCUGGACCAGAUCGACAUCCACAUGGAUAACCCGGUGGGCACCAACGGCGUCUUCCUGGUGUCUCCCCUCAUCAUCUGCCACGUGAUGGACAAGGACAGCCCCCUGUACCAGCUGUCAGCCUCCGACCUGCAGCACGAGGACAUCGAGGUGAUCGUGGUGCUGGAGGGGGUCGUGGAGACCACCGGCAUCACCACGCAGGCCAGAACCUCCUACGUGUCGGAGGAGAUCCUGUGGGGGCAGCGCUUCGUGCCCACCGUCUCCGAGGAGGACGGUAUGUACGCGGUGGACUACUCCAAGUUCGGCAACACCGUGAAGGUCCCGACACCGUGCUGCAGCGCCAAGAAGCUGGACGAGGCAGGUGGCAUCGCGCGCUUUAAGCUGAACGAGGGCGUCACCUUGCGGCCGUCCGUGAGAAGGCGGCGCGGCUCCACGGGGGUGCGCAGGUCCAGGAUGGAGAGCCCGUAAUCUGAGGACCUGCGUUUUCUAUGAGGGAGAACUGUUUAAGCUUGAACAUCACAAAUUGACAAAAUCAUAUUUAUUUUAUAAUAAAUUGUGUGUUAACUGUAAUCAAUAAUCCGCAUUACUUCACUCUAUGCACACAACAAGAUGCUUCUAACUCAGGGUCAGUGUGAAAAUGCACAAAGUAUGGGAAGCCAAAAGGGCCAUAAUUCACCUCUGAUUGCUCGCAAUUUAAAUUAUAUAAAUGUAAUAUUCAGCAUAUGUACUAAUACUCUUCAGAUGGUCUCACAGUACUCUGACCCUAAUACUGCUUUACAAUAAAGGCAUGUAGUUCAAGUAAACGAGUCAGUAACAAAAUUAACUGAAUUCUUAAAACGUUAAGAUAUGAAGGCUGAAUAAGGUGAACCUCUGUCAAGGAUCUUUUUCUGUGUGCUGCGUAAAUGCCAGGCUGCAAAUCCUAUAAUACCGAGCAUGUCUAAAUAUUUCUAUGACACUAAACGCAGCAUUUCUGACAAAUAAAACUAACACGCAUUCAGCUUUUACUGCAGAUCUUAGGCUGAAGUGUUGUUGAAAAAAGGCUAAUCCUGCUGCAAUACAACAGGAAUGAGAUAAAAACUGUAAAAAGAACAAAACAAGCCUUAAAAACUGUGAACAUCUGGCACCUUGUGUCAGAUGUGCUAAAAAAAAAAAAAAAAGGGUGGAAUACCGUAACGUCCAAAAACUACAACUG